UACCAUCGCUAGAUGACGCUGAAUAGUCCGCGUGUUGUCACGAUUGUGGUAAAGCCACUCUCGUAAUGUUCUGUAGUGGAAUUUUAUAUGUUGUCCUAGUUAGAUUAAGUUGUUAAUGUUUAAAUUAUAUUCCAUUGGUGUUACAUAAAAGGUGAACUACAUACUACGUAUUUUCUCGAUUUUAUUUUCAGAUAUCCCGAUUGAUCUCACCAUUUGCAAAUAUGAGCAAAGCUGCGAAGUAUGUUGUACAUAUGGCGGAUUACUUGGAUACAUAUUCCGGCAGAGAUAAAUUGUUGAAGAUGCUGUCGUAUCUAACAAAGCUCCUCACUGUAAGCACUCCGUCCAAGAGUGCUCAAAAGAAAUUUAAGGAUAUUGGGAACGAAAUGAGUGAGUGUAGAAUGUUACUGCGUCUGCUGGAUGAUUUUUCAACAUUACGUUCUGUCAUAAAAUAUGGAUGGGGAAAGGAGGAACCUGAUAGCUUAAUCAGAUGGAUUCAGGUGCUACAAAAUACUACAGAUGUAGUCUAUUGUGCUUUAGAACAUAUUUAUUGGGCUGGUGUACGUGACAUUGUUUUAAUCAAUGUUGAUAAAUGGAAUUUAGCUACAACCUUGCUCUGGAUAUUUAGCAUACACCUGUCAUUUCUGAAGUCAAUAAGAAAAAUUAAACAUCUUCAAAUACGUAAAACGAACUUGGAAAGAAUUCAUCAACCUGACGUACUAAAAUUGAAAGAAAUCAAUAAAGAACGUACUUCCCAAGUAUUGAUAUGCACGUGCUUAUUGCUGGAUCUUGGUUACGCAAUUAAUUACUUACCAGCAGGCGUACUUUGGGGAGAGCGUUUACAGACCUGGCAAGUAGGAGCGCUCGGCACGAUGUCCGCGUUAAUCGCGAUUUAUAAAGCUCUUAAAAGUCACAUUGAAACGAAGAAACUUUCCUAACGAUAUAUGGAAUUUUUUUCAUUGCUAUCUUGAAAACAGAAGGUAUUAUAUAUCAUAUAAGUAGUGAUGGGACAUAUGAAAGAAAUGAAUUUUAAACGUGUUUCACAGAAACACUUUGUAACAAUAUUUCAAAUUUUGUUCCUUUAGGCUACCGUGGUGUGGAUAAAUACUUGAUUUGGUUUCCGAGUUAGCGCUGAUUCGUUCAUGAAACGUCGGAAGUAAAUCCAUGAAGAAGGCGGCGCUGACUCGAAACCAAUUAAGUACAAUAUUUCGAGUAUUUUAAUAUAUAUGUAUAUAUAUAUAUGUAUUUUAAUAUAUAUGUAUAUAUGUUUAAUAUAUUAUAUUUUUUCAAUAUUAUAUAAUAUUGAAAUAUAUAAUUGAAAUAUGAUAUUGAAUCUGAUAAUGUUGUAUUCAACAUUAUAUAAACUGUAUAUAUUUUAUUACUGUAUUUAAUGUUAUUAAUUAUUACUAUGGGUGUUGAAACAUUAACAUGUUACACAUUGAGAACAGAAAUAUCCUGUACGGAAAUAUGGGAAUUAGUAUUGUUAUAUAUUUUUAUACCUUGUUGUAUCAUUUGUUAUAGUACACCAAUUGUAUUAUCUUGUAUAUAUACGCAUUUUUGGAAAAAGGAAAAUUGCAUUAUUUCUAAUAACAUCAUGGGAAUUCAUGGGAAUGAAGGUGUGGAAGUUACUUUACCAUUGUUAUUACAUCUUUGUUAACGAUAAGUUACUCUAUUUCUAUCAAAGAUCACGUUAGAUUUAAAAAAUUUGUUUAAUUUCUAAAAUUAAAUAAUAAUUAAAAUAUCACGAAUAGGUAAUCUGUAUGAAGUUAUUGGUUAAGCAAAUACUGAUUUCAAAACCAUCAAAGAAUAUUCAGUGACGGUGCUAGAACAUUCUAUAUAUAAUAAGAAAAAGUUAUACCGCGUUAUUCACAUACCGUAAUUAAUGUUAAAGAGGACGCAAUGGCGAUCCUGUUUCAACUGUUGUUGAAUAUAAUUCUCCCGAUACAAGUAUCGCAUGCAUGCUAACGCGGUUGGAAUAUCAAACGGCUACAUUUGGGGCUGAACGUGAGUAGUGAAUAAGGUUUUUUUUGUCCAUAAUAAUUGGAUAUAAAUUUUUCUCUUUUCUUUAUAUUCAGAAGCUUCGUCAGUAUUUCUUUAAAUGGUUUUGGGUUGUCGGUUGUCAGGUUUACAUGCGAUAGUGUGUCGUAAAAUUUCCUAUUUUACACGUACGUCGUUAACAAGUAUCGUCGUGUCGUUACGAAUUUCCACCCUUAAACACGUUAUCAAUAAAAGCUAAAGGAUAGGAGAGGCACUUCUCGUCUGAACGUAAAACGAAGAAUCUAUCCACGGUGUAAUCUACGUCAUUACAACGCGGUUCACGCGGAUCGAGGCCCACCCAAGUUGUACAUCAAACGGCCCCACACUCGAAUUUUGAUCAAAUCCAAUCGACGAUGGGACUCGACCCUACUCCCUGAAAAGCUUAACGUUCCCAUGCACAUUGGCAAUGGUCUCCGUUUUUCGUAAUAAUAACAAAUUAUUCUGCUACGUGUCGAUCAGGGCGAUCAUGACGCAGAAAUAAACGCGACACUGGAAUGUUCUUCAACGUGAGGUUUGAUAAUAAGUUAUCACGCCUCUAAAUUUAUAAAAAUCGGUGAAAGCGAUAAUUUUCCCUUCUCCUCGUCCCUCCCCUCAAUUUUUUACUAGAUAUAUCGUAUCUCAUAAAAUCAUUGGGAACGCUGAUUGCAACUGCAUUAGAAAAUACAACGGUGUCCGGCAUUUAAUCCAGCCCCACGAUUUCCCUGACCGACUCUAAUAAGGCCCAGAAUUUUAGCACGGCUGAUAAUUGAACGCGGAUCCGCGCCUGCACAAGUUUUCCAACUUCCACACGUACAUCUCUUCUCAAGUGAACAAUGUAUCCCAAUAAAACGAGGGACCCGCUCCA